AUGAGCGACGCCGACAACUAUUUCGGCCCGCAGGUCAACGGCUACUUUGACUUCACCGUACUCUUUGAGCAGAGCAUAUUGUCCAUCCUGCCCACCGCCCUUCUCAUCCUCCUUGCUCCGGUUCGCAUCACCUGGUUGCUUCGCAAUGACAUCCGUGUUCGAGCUGGAAAGCUGCUAUGGUUGAAGCUGGUCGCAAUUUCUGUGUUCCUAUGCCUCCAGAUCGUUCUCAUAGCACUCUGGUCCAUACCAUCAACACCUAGAGCUCGCACCUCGGUCGCAGAAAGCGCGCUGGGCUUGAUCGAAGCAAUCGCCCUCGGUGCUCUAUCCUACACGGAGCACAAGCGUUCCAUCAGGCCUUCGGCACUCAUCGGCCUGUAUCUUUUUCUUACCAUCGUCCUCGACAUCGCGCAAGCCAGAACACUAUGGCUCAGAGACGGUCUGAGCUCGGUCGCGGGCGUCUUUACUGCCUCUUUGGUAGUCAAGGUGGUCGUUCUCGCUCUUGAAGAGACUCCCAAGCGAGUUCUUUUGGCCAGCAGUGAGAAAGAUGUUGCCGUCGAGUCCACCACCGGUGUCGUCAGCAGAAGUCUCUUCUGGUGGCUCAAUUCGUUAUUCUUCCAGGGCUUCAGGCUUCUCAUCGGUCUUGAGGAUCUGGGUGCCAUCGACCCCAAAUUUGACUCGGCGCGCCUGCUUGGCAUGCUAGACAGAGCGUGGGCUACAAGUAAGAAGAAUAGCAAGUGGAGCUUGGUCAUCAGCACGUUCUGGGCAUACAGAACCACUUUCCUCGCUGGUGUUUUGCCCCGUCUUUUGUUCGCGGGCUUCACGUUCGCCCAACCGCUGCUCGUCAACCGCAUAGUCAACUUCGUCGGGAGCCCGUGGGGAGAGGACUCAAGAAACGUAGCUGCCGGCCUGGUCGGCGCUACAGCUUGCAUCUACGUCGGACUUGCCAUAUCUCGAUGCUGGUACCAGCACAUGACAUUCCAGCUCGUAACCCUCUUCCGCGGCGGACUCGUGUCGCUCAUCUUCAAGAAGACCUUGGAUCUAGACGCGUCGGCGAUCAAAGACUCCGCGCCAGUCACGUUGAUGAGUGUCGACAUUGAGAAUAUCGCCGUGUCUUUGACGUUCAUCCAUGAUAUCUGGCCUGCGGUUGUUGAGCUUCCAAUCGGGAUCUACCUCCUGUACCGUCAAGUCGGACCACCUUGCUUCCUCCUUCUCAUCCCCGGACUUCUCUGCACUGCGGUUACCACAAAGUUAUCUGCGCGCAUGGCCCCGGCUCGUGUUGCGUGGAACGAAGGCGUUCAGAAGCGUAUCUCAAUCACAUCAUCACUGCUGAACCAGAUCAAGGGCGUCAAGAUGAUGGGUCUCGCAGACCAUUUCUCCAGCAUAGUGCAAAAGUUUCGCAUCACGGAGCUGAAGCUCUCCGUCAAGUUCAGAGUUCUUAUCACUUUUCUCAGUGUGAUUGUUGGAGCCGCCGAUCAAAUCACACCCGUGGUCAUCAUCGCCGCCGCCGUCUUCUGGACUCGGGCCGAACAAGGCUUGAGCAUAGCCGAGGCCUUCACUGCUCUGUCGAUUAUCGUUCUCGUGUCUGCCCCCUUUAUGAAGUUGAUCGUUUCCAUCAUUCAGCUCGUGGGUGCUCUUGGCUGCUUUACCCGGAUCCAGGAGUUCCUUCUCUUGGACGAACUCGAAGACCGACGGGAGAUCUUGACCAACUCUGAGAAGUCCUCGCUGGACUCUACGCGGCUGCCGCCCAGCCUCCACGGGUCAGACUUGCAACCCCUGACCCCAAGGCAUCAAGUCUCAGCUAGCAAUGCGGUCGAGUUGCAGUCAUUGAGAGCUACGACUCUCCCGGCAUCCGUCGAACUGGGCAAGCCACUUGUCAGCAUCAAUGAAGCGAAGUUCACUUUGAAAGACGGCACCGAGAUCCUAAGGGAUAUCUCACUUGUGCUGAAGAAGGGCUCCAUCUCCAUGCUUGUUGGCCGUGUUGGCUGUGGCAAGUCUUCUCUCCUCAAAGGUAUACUCGGCGAGUUGGUGAUCUCUUCCGGCACCGUGACUCUACAUACCUCUUCCGUUGCAUUCUGCGACCAAGCCGCCUGGCUGCGCAAUAUUUCCGUCAAAGACAACAUCAUCGGCCAAGUCCCUUAUGAUGCCGCUUGGUUCUCGGCGGUCGUCCGCGCAUGCAGCCUGGACCAGGACAUUGCUUUGUUUCCCAAAGCUGAGGAGACUCUUGUUGGCACUGGCGGGGUGGCUUUGAGUGGUGGGCAAAAACAACGAGUGGCACUCGCUCGCGCUGUAUACUCUCGAAAAAAGCUGCUCCUUCUUGACGACGUCUUCAGUGGUCUUGACAAUAGAACAUCAAAAGCGGUGUUUCAACGCCUGUUAGGGCCUAAUGGUCUUCUUCGACAGGCUGGCAUGACCGUGCUCCUUGCCACCAACCAUGUGAACUUUCUUCAUGCUGCCGAUUGCAUCACUAUGAUCGAAGAUGGUACCAUUAUCCGUAACCAAAUCGCUUUCGACUCUGUACCACGGUCUGUGUGGGGUCAUCUCGCUCAGGACGUGAAGGGCAAGGAGCUUGCAGAAGAUGACGAUCAUGAUGCCGAAGAGCCGACAGAAGAUGAAGCGAAGACCAUCAAAGUAGAGGCUCCAGUACCAACUAAUGCCAGGGUCACCGAGGCACAGCUCACGAGACAGACCGGUGACACCGAGGUCUAUAAGCUCUACUUCAGCUCCAUCGGGUGGCGGAUGUUAGGUCCCUUCAUAUUCAUGGUCGUUUUGUACGUGGGCUUUACCAAGCUUCCCCAGAUUUGGCUGCGAGUGUGGACAGAAGAGGGCACGAACGAACGUCCGGCCAUGUACUUCGGUAUCUACCUCAUGUUCGCUUUGCUCUAUCUCGUCAUGAACGCCGUCUCCUUGAGUUUCUGGAUGCUCACCGUGGUUCCUCGAUCCGCACGUCAUCUCCACCAGAUGCUCCUUGACGCUGUCCUCGCUGCCCCUCUAGUCUUCUUCACAACAACAGAUAGCGGCGUGACUCUCAACAGAUUCAGUCAAGACAUGACUCUCAUAGACCACCGCCUUCCCAUGUCCGCCUUUGCAACCCUCCACACCUUCCUCCUCGUCAUUGCCGAAACAGCCCUCAUCGCCUCCGGCGCAUCCUACUUCGCCGCCCUCAUCCCCCCUUCCUUCAUGGCCCUCUACCUCCUCCAAAAAUACUAUCUCCGCACCUCCCGUCAGCUCCGUCACAUCGACCUCGAAGCCAAAUCUCCUCUGUUCACCCACUUCACCGAGGUCCUCGCCGGCCUACCCACACUCCGCGCCUUCUCCUGGCGUCCGGCCAUGCUGCGCGAGAGCCAGACUCUACUGGACGCAUCGCAGAGGCCGUACUAUCUCUUCUUCUGUGUCCAGCGCUGGCUUAAUGUCGUCCUGGAUCUCUUUGUUGCAGGAAUGGCGCUCUGCCUGGUUGCUUUCGCAUUGCAUUUCAAUAACACUACUACCAAAGGCGCCAUCGGUCUGGCAAUGGUCAACAUCAUCAGCUUCAACCGGACGCUUGCUGAAUUCAUCGAGAUGUGGACUAUGCUGGAGACGAGCUUGGGGGCUAUUACUAGGCUCAAGUAUUUCAUUGAGCACACCCCUCGCGAAGACCGAGAGUGCGAGAAAGACAUGCCCCCUCCGUCUUGGCCAGAGAACGGCAAGAUUGAAAUCGGCAACGUGACUGCAGCUUACAGCGACGAAACCGAUCCCGUCGUACGAGACGUGACUCUUGCAAUCCAGCCUGGUCAGAAAGUCGGCAUCUGCGGCCGCUCGGGCAGCGGCAAAUCUUCCCUCCUCCUGACCCUCCUCCGUCUUCUUGACACUGACCCCAGCGGCACUAUAUCCAUUGACUCCGAAUCCCUGACAACCAUGUCUCGCAACAAGAUCCGCACGUCCCUGACAACCCUUCCUCAAGACCCUGUUCUCUUGCCCGGCACAGUCCGUGACAACAUUGAUCCCGCAGGCCACACCCCUGACGCUGACCUCAUCGACGUCCUCCGCAAGACUCGUAUCUGGGACGCCCUGGAGUCUCGAGGUGGACUUGAUGCGGAAAUGUCGGAGGCAGGACUUUCAGCUGGACAGAAGCAGUUGUUUUGUCUUGCGAGAGCGGUGUUGAAGCAUGGACAUGUGGUGUUGUUGGACGAGGCGACGAGUAAUGUUGAUCAUGGAACUGAUGAGGAUGUUAGGAGAGUGGUGAUGGAGGAGUUUAAGGGGAGUACUGUUGUGGAAGUUGCUCAUCGUUUGGAAGCCAUCGUCGGAUAUGAUGUCGUUGUUGUUAUGCAUGAGGGGAGAGUUGUGGAGGUUGGAGACCCGAGGGAAUUGUUGGAGAAGACCUCCAGAUUUAAGGGGUUAUGGGAUAGUCGCGCGGCCUAG